AGUUGGUAAGCUGUCACUAGUAUUUGUUUCUUAUCAGUAUUUUUUCAGAUUAGACUAUAUUUUUAUAAUAUAAACAUUAAAAAUUCAAAAACUAGCCAGCUUGCUACACAUAUAGAAGAAACCAAAUGUGCAAAAACUAUUGAUUCCAGGCGACUUUAAAGAAAAUCAGAUAUGAGUCAAAGCUCCCAUCUCAACAAAAGUUUGGACGACGAGAUGCAUAAGGUUUUGGAGGAUUUAACAUCGAAUGUGAAGCAAAUACAAGACGAUUUAUUAGAAGAGAUACUUACACAUAACGCAAACACUGAGUAUCUCAAGAGAUUCCUUCAUGGGAGGUCCGGUAAAGAGCUUUUCAAGAAAAAUGUACCAAUUGUAACAUACGUCGAUGUUGAGCCUUAUAUAGAGCGUGUUGCGAAUGGAGAGCCUUCAGAUAUCAUAUCGGCCCAACCCAUUACUAAAUUCGCCUUUAGAUACGUUUUUUGUUCUGGAACUUCAGGAGGGAAAAUGAAGUUAUUGCCUUUCAACGUGAAGUACUUGGAGAAUGUCGAAUUCAUUAGUAAUGUUCGCUCCUUUGUUAUAUCCAGGCACAUCGAUGGUGCCGACCAAGGGAAGGCGAUCAGGUUUGCUUUCAUUAAAAUGGAAUCUACAACUCCUUCGGGUCUGCCAGCUGCGCCUGCGAGUACAAUCGUCUUAAAAACCGCUUACUUUAGGAACCUGGCAUCGAAAUCUUACACUAGUCCCAACGAAAUCAUUUUAUGCAGAGACAAUAAGCAGAGCAUGUAUUGUCAUCUUCUCUGUGGACUUGUCCGGAGAGAAGAGGUUGUGAGUGUGAGUGCCGCUUUUGCUUCUGCCUUGGUUCGAGCAAUCAGUUUUCUUGAAGAGUAUUGGAAGGAGUUGUGCGGUAAUAUCCGAAUGGGUCACGUGAGCGAGUGGAUUGAAGACACAAGUUGCAGAAACUGCGUGUCUGAGAUCCUUGGAGGACCUAAUCCUGAGUUAGCAAACUUGAUAGAAAAAGAAUGCAACCAGAUUUCAUGGGGAGGUAUAAUUUGUAGACUUUGGCCAAAAACCAAAUUUGUUGAAUGUGUAAUUACAGGUCAGAUGACUCACUACAUUCCAACAUUGGAGUUCUACUCCAACAAGUUGCCGAUUGUUUCCAUGAAAUAUUUUUCUUCUGAAACCUCAAUUGGGAUCAAUUUGAAUCCUCUAUGCAAACCACAAGAUGUGUCUUACACAUUUAUGCCCAAAAUGGCAUACUUCGAGUUCUUACUUGUUGAUGAAGCAAACGAGGUCAAAAUUGUUGAUCUUGUGGACGUGAAUUUAGGCUGCUACUAUGAGCCUUUGGUCACAAGUUAUACUGGUUUAUACAGAUAUCGAUUGGGAGAUGUUUUACAAGUGAGUGGAUUCUACAACAAUGCACCCCAAUUUAGAUUCGUACGUAGAAAUGAUGUGGCUCUAAGCGUUGAUAUAGAGACAACAACCGAGGAAGAGCUUUUAAAGGCAGUGGCAAAUGCAAGGAUGGUUCUUGAUUCUUCGGAUUUAAUGUUAACAAAUUUUACAUGGUAUGCAGAUAUCUCUACUAUUCCAGGCCAUUACGUUGGUUACUGGGAACUCAAAGCGAAAAACAAAAACACAAUUCUUGAUCUUGAUAAGAAACUAAUGGCGGAGUGUUGCUAUGUACUGGAAGAAACAUUCGGCUCUAUUUACAGGGCAUAUCGGAGUAAGAAUGGUUUGAUUGGAGCUUUAGAGAUCAGAGUGGUGCUACCAGGAACAUUCGAUUCUCUCAUGAACUUUUUCAUCUCUGAGGGUGCCUCUUUGGUUCAAUACAAAACCCCCAUAUGCAUGAGAUCUAGCAAUGCCUUGGCCAUUCUUGAAGAUAAGGUUUUCGCACGCUUCUUCAGCGACAAACCCCCACCUUUUGACUUUUAGCCAUUAUAUAAUAUAUAGAGCUGGUCGACGACUUUAUAUUAUGUAUGCUUUGAAAUAAAAGUUUCCGGAAACAGACUUGGAACAAGACAUUGCAGUUGUGUGUGUGAAAUUCUUUUUUUUUUAAUAUUAUUAUUCUCUUUUAUU